AUGUCUCGUUCGAGCUCUUUAGCUUGCUUGUUCGUCUUGUUUUCCCUAGCAAUCAUCGAAAUUCAUGCACGAGAACCAAUCCCUUUUCCGCGAUAUAAGUUUGAAUUUCACAUCAUCAAAGGUUACGCGGAUGGUGUUAUAUUAGGAUUAUGCACUUCUCCGAAUCAACAAUUUCGUGCAAACUUUACGCUAACUCAUUUAGAUGAACAAUACCAGCACCACUUCAUGGUGUCGAGGCAUUUUCAUGUGCUUUAUGGUUGCUCGUUCGUUAAGGGUCAUAGUAACGAGAAAAAGUCGUUCUCAGUGUUCGAUCAAUCUGUGGAUACUCAUGUUCGAAGGUGUGGACACACUGGUAUGUGCUUUUGGAAACUCAAACAAGAUGGCAUCUAUUUUGCUAAUGAUAAUGUUAGUUAUACUAAAGAGUUUGCUUGGGAUUCAUAUAUCUAA